AUGGGACAGGAAGUAGGUCAGGAGGUGGAACAGGAAGUGGAACAGGAAGUGGGUCAGGAUGUGGGACAGGAAGUGUGUCAGGAGGUGGAACAGGAAGUGGUUCAGGUGAAACAGGAAGUUGGUCAGGAGGUGGGACAGGAAGUGGGUCAGGAGGUGGAACAGGAAGUAAGUCAGGAGGUGGAACAGGAAGUAGGUCAGGAGGUUGGACAGGAGGUAGGCCAGGAGGUGGGACAGGAAGUAGGUCAGGAGGUGGAACAGGAAGUAGGUCAGGAGGUGGGACAGGAAGUGGGACAGGAAGUAGGUCAGGAGGUGGAACAGGAAGUAGGUCAGGAGGUGGAACAGGAAGAAGUAGGUCAGGAGGUGGAACAGGAAGUAGGUCAGGAGGUGGAACAGGAAGUGGGUCAGGAGGUGGAACAGGAAGUAGGUCAGGAGGUGGAACAGGAAGUAGGUCAGGAGGUGGAACAGGAAGCGGGUCAGGAGGUGGAACAGGAAGUAGGUCAGGAGGUGGGACAGGAAGUUGGUCAGGAGAUGGAAUACGAAGUAGGUCAGGAGGUGGAACAGGAAGUAGGUCAGGAGGUGGAACAGGAAGUAGGUCAGGAGGUGGAACAGGAAGUAGGUCAGGAGGUGGAACAGGAAGAAGCAGGCCAGGAGGUGGGACAGGAAGCAGGUCAGGAGGUGGAAUAUGAAGUAGGUCAGGAGGUGGAACAGGAAGUGGGUCAGGAGGUGGAACAGGAAGUAGGUCAGGAGGUGGAACAGGAAAUGGGUCAGGAGGUGGAACAGGAAGUGGGUCAGGAGGUGGGACAGGAAGUAGAUCAAGAGGUGGAACAGGAAGUGGGUCAGGAGUUGGAACAGGAAGUGGGUCAAGAGGUGGAACAGGAAGUGGGUCAGGAGGUGGAACAGGAAGUGGGUCAGGAGGUGGAACAGGAAGUAGGUCAGGAGGUGGAACAGGAAGUGGGUCAGGAGGUGGGACAGGAAGUAGGUUAG